AUGGUGAACAGAGAUGGAACGAUCACCGUGCCCCAACCGACUGAUGCCCAGAAAUCCGAGUCGGCAAACAUUGUCAAGGCUCAUCAACAGGCCCACCAAAUCACGCCCAACGGGAUCCCCGUGACACCCAACAGCCAGGGCAGCCUGCAGACCUUCUUCGACAAUUUGAAGCCAAGCGAGAAGCUUUUGCUGCCCCCGAUCCGUCAGCGUGACAUCAACAAGAAGUGUCUGGUGAUCGACUUGGACGAGACGUUGGUCCACUCGUCGUUUAAGCCAGUGAAAAACCCGGACUUUGUCAUCCCGGUCGAGAUAGACGGGUGCAUCCACCAGGUCUAUGUGCUCAAGCGCCCAUUCGUCGACGAAUUCCUUGCCCAUGUCGGGGAGAAAUACGAGUGCAUCUUGUUUACCGCCAGCCUUGCCAAGUACGCCGACCCUGUUUCUGACCUCCUCGACAAGCGCAACGUGUUCCGGUCGCGGCUGUUCCGCGAGGCCUGCGUGUUCCACAAGGGGAACUACGUGAAAGACCUGGCUCGGCUCGGGCGUGACCUGAACAAGACGUUGAUCAUGGACAACUCGCCGGCCAGCUAUGCAUUCCACCCUGAAAAUGCUAUCGCCGUCCAGACGUGGUUCGACGACCCGCACGAUUCCGAGCUGCUCGAAGUUUUGCCGCUCUUGGAUCGGCUUGCCGACUGCGAAUCCGUGUACACCGUACUGCGGCGGAGCGAAUCCCCGGAUCCCCGAUCGGAGCGCAGCUCAUCC